AUGGCCGAUCGUCGAUUAUCACAUUUGAAUGCAGCAUUUGCCGAACUUCGAUCACAUAUACCACGGUUUCCUUACGAAAAACGUCUCUCGAAAAUUGACACACUUCGAUUGGCUCUGGCGUAUAUUGAAUUUCUCGAUGGAUUGGCACAUUCAAAUUUAAUGGUACAUGAGUAUAUCGCACACUCUCCAAGAUGGUUACAUUCUGAAUUAGCUCUUCGAUUACGUUGGCUUGAUUGGAAUUAUUUCUUACCUCGUUAG